UUUUGGAGUCACAAUUAAUUAAAACUUGGCUAGAGUUUUUCUUCAUCACUUAUGUUCAUCAUGACAAGUUUAUUUUCUGAACUUGUACUGUUUCUCUUUUGCAUCGGCUUCUUCUUCAUGGUAAGCAGUGAAUCCAGUUCAGGUGUCCAAGCAUUGAAUGUCCACUGCAGAGAAAGCGAGCAGAAAGCACUUCUCAUGCUCAAAGAUGGUUUUCACACUUCUUUGGAUCGUUUCUCUUCAUGGGUACCUGAAGAAGAUUGCUGCAAAUGGAAAGGUGUUGGUUGCAACAAUGAAACAGGACAUGUCAUCGCUCUUGAUCUCCACAGCCCAGAUCCUUUAGAGCUCUUGCAAGGUGAGUUGAGGGAUUCUUUGGUUCACUUGCCAUAUCUAAGUCACCUAGACUUGAGCCACAAUGAUUUCUACCAAACUCAAAUUCCUGAGUUCAUUGGUUCACUUCCUAAUUUAAAAUAUCUGAACUUGUCUCGUGCCAAUUUUGGAGGGACCAUUCCCAGCCAUCUUGGUAACUUGUCUAGUUUGCAGACUCUUGACUUGAGUAAUAAUCAAUCUUCUCUUAGGGCCAGCAGCCUUGUUUGGCUUGCGGGUCUUUCCUCGCUGAAAGUCCUUGAUCUGAGUACUGUAUAUCUUGGUGACGUAGUUAACUGGCUAGACGCAGUCAACAUGCUACCUUCUUUGGUAGAGCUGCGUUUAGUCUCUUGUCAACUUCAUAGCCUUCCACAAUCUUUGCCAUCCUUGAAUUUUUCUUCUUUAGAAGUCCUUGACCUUUCCUACAAUGGCUUUUAUCAUUCUGUGAUUCCGAAUUGGUUGGUUGAGGUUAGCCAUACUCUUAGUCUUCUUAAUCUCACAACUUGCUCGUUGCAAGGUUCCAUUCCCCGUACCAUUGUGAAUUUUACAUCUCUUGUUGUGCUUGAUUUCUCAUUCAACUAUCUCAAGGGUUCUAUUCCUCAUGGUUUUGGGAACAUGACAUCCCUUGCUGUUCUGGAUCUCUCGGUGAAUUAUCUUGAAGGUUCAUUACCAGCAACCUUAGGUCUGAUUCAGGAAUUGCACAACUUCAAAUACUCACCCUUACGAGAACUCCGUCUUUCCCGCAAUCUGUUGAAUGGGUCUUUAGAAAGAAUUCUUCCUCAACUUUCAGAAUUAAUUGUCCUGGAUGUUGCUUGGAAUGAUUUGGAUGGUGUGAUCACUGAAGCUCAUUUGCAGGAUUUCAGUAGAUUACGGGUACUUGACUUGUCAUUCAACAGGUUAAUUUUAAACGUAAGCUCAAACUGGAUUCCUGAUUUUCAACUUGAGUCCAUAAAUUUGGAAAAUUGUGAAAUAGGCCCACGAUUUCCCUGGUGGCUUCAAAACCAAAAGAGAAUUUCGGAACUUGAUAUGGGUAAUGCAAGUAUUUCAGACAUCGUACCUGAUUGGUUUUGGGAUAUUUCUCCAUCGAUGAAGCGUUUGGAUCUUUCUAACAACCAUCUUACAGGGAAAUUACCUAAUUUAUCAUCAAAAGCGAGUUUGUCGAAAUUGGAUUUAAGUGGAAAUGAAUUUGAGGGUCGCCUGCCUCAGCUCCCCCCAGCAAUAGAAAUUCUACUUCUAAUCGAAAAUCAAUUUUCAGGACCAAUUUCUCCUAUAUGUGAUAUUAUGAAUGAAAGCAAUGCACUACGUCACGGAAAUAAUAUGCCAGGAAACCUUCCAGAUUGUUGGAUAUAUGGGCAAAAUUUGGUUUGUGUUGAUUUGAGACUCAACCAAUUGUCUGGCCAAAUCCCUGAGUCAAUUGGCCAUCUAAUUAAUCUCAAAUGGUUGUUUUUGAGUCAUAAUAGCUUGUCUGGCGAGAUACCUCAAUCCUUGCAGAACUGCACAAGUUUGAUUGUCCUGGCUCUUGGGAACAAUUCACUAUCUGGGAGCAUACCAACAUGGUUGGGGGAAAGUUUUCAGAAUCUACGUGCGAUUACGUUACAUCACAAUGCUUUCGAAGGAAAUAUACCGGCGCAGCUUUGCCAAUGGAGAUACCUAACUUACUUGGACUUCUCUUUCAAUUCACUAUCGGGACCACUCCCAACGUGCAUCAAUCGUUUUCUUCCAAUGGCUGAGAAAGAAGCUGAAAACGUUCACGAACAGUAUUCUUUGUAUACAAAUGAUGAAUUAAAAAGCCGGAUGUGGAGGUCACAAGGUCGAUAUAACUCCGACAAGGUUAUAGAUCUUUCACAUAACAGGCUAUAUGGGGAGAUCCCAGGAGUAGUUACAACCCUAAUUGGAUUAGAGCUUCUGAAUCUUUCCAACAAUUAUCUGAAGGGAGCUAUUCCUUGCGAUAUUGGGACCAUGAAAUCCUUAGAUUAUCUAGAUUUAUCAAGCAACCAGCUUUCUGGCACCAUUCCUCCCGGCAUUUCUGAUCUAACUCAUCUUAAAGGAUUGAAUUUGUCAUAUAACAAUUUGUCUGGGAAAGUUCCCUCACCCAAUAAUUUUAGUGCAUAUGCAUUCAUUGGAAAUCAUAACUUGUGCGGUCCUCCACUAGUGAAGAAAUGCUCUGCAAAUGAAUCACUGCAAAAAACAGAAUGCAACAGUGACAGGAAAUCAAAAAGCCAAAAUGAUGGAAUUCAAAAAAAGGAACAUAGGCAUGGAUUUGAGGAGAAGCCUUCAUUCUACAUCAGUGUGGCAAGUGGAUAUGUUACAGCUUUUUGUGGAUUUUGGGCUACUUUAUUCUUCAACAAGUCAUGGAGGCAUGCAUACUUCCAUUUCUUGGGCAACAUGGGUGACAGAAUUUAUGUGUUUGGGGUAAUUACCAAAACAAGUCUGCGAAGGAAAUUUCACGGAGAGAAAGCUGUCGAGUAAGAGUUCAAACUCGUAGAAAUUGAGUGCUUAAAAGGGACUCGAAGAUUUUUGUUUCCAACGAUUGCAAUCAGUUGGCUGAGAAAUUUUUCAGUGGAACAAGAGCUUGCUUCAAUCAUGAGAUCAUGUAACUUUGCCAAAUUUUACUUGUUUAAUUGUUCUGUUGGUUUGUUAAAAAUUUACUUGGCUAAGUUAAAAAUUGUCAUGUUUUGCUCUAUUUAUAGUCUAUUUACAACAAGUUUUUACUUG